GAGCGAGCAAGACGUUAAAUUUGCUGAGAUUAUUGAGGCUGUAAAGACAAAUAUGCCCUGUGAGAAGUUGAAUGAAUAACAGUGGGAGGAGUCAGCCAACAUGGCUGCAGAUUCCUUCAGAGAACGCCAGGAAGAUGAGUUACAAGUGUUAAAGUCUGUUUAUAUGGAAGAUGUUGUUGAUCUGCGAGAGAGGGAUUCGUGGAAGGUGCCCCGCCCACCAGAGAUUCAGCUUACUCUUCGUCCUCAGCACAGCAUGAAUGGACAUAAAGAAGCACAUGUCCAGGUGGACCUCAUAGUGAAGUGUCCAGUGAGAUACCCAGAUGAAAUACCGGAGAUCAGACUGGAAAAUCACCGAGGCCUCUCUAAUUCUUUGUUGGCAACUCUUCAAGAUCAGCUGAUGGAUAUGGCUAAAGAUCUUAAAGGCGAGGUAAUGAUCUGGGAAUUGGCUCAAUCCAUUGAAAAGUUUUUACACGCUAAUAAUGAACCCCCAUCGAAAUCCUUUUACGAAGAAAUGAUGACAAACAAGAGAAGGCAGGAGGAAAUACUUGAGCAAGAGAGGAAGAAAAGAAAGGAUCUAUUGCGAAGAAUGGAAGAGAAAGAGAGACAGAAUUUAGAGGAUGAGAUUUCCAGACGGCAACAAGCGAUACGUAGUGGAAGCAAAAGACGAUCUGAGGAAUUAAGAUUUAGCAACUCCCCCGAAAGCUCCCCAAUCUACCCACCCUCAGACCAGGUCUCCAUUUCCCCAGAGGUACGUGACAUGCCCAUACGCCCCCGCUCACAGACCCCGCCGUCAUCACGCUCAGAGCAUCCUGGUGUUAGUAGUGCACCAGAAAGGGAUCACAGAAUACUCAGAAACAGAAAAACCAGCACCCCGAAAGUGAACCGCUCCAGCAGCUGUGAAGAUGAUGCCCGCCCUGUUGUGCAUAGGCGGCCUUCCCAAGGAACAGCUGUCCUGGAAUUCACAACUAAAGUGCCGAGGAAAGUGUGCAGGGGGAAGUAUCUAGGUCACAGUGUACGAGGGAGCACAGUAUUUGCUGGCAUGGACACUCUAACGGGGGAACUGGUCACGGUGACAGAGUGGGUGUUAAAGUGGAGACAUGUGGCCCGCAGACUGCCCCCUGAGAGAGAGGAGGAGGAUAGCGAGGCUAAGGCUUACCUUAAACAGAUUACCAGUAUUGAGCAGGAGUUGUUGUCGUUGUUACGUCUGAAGCAUGCCAACCUUGUGCAUUACCUGGGGUUAAAGUAUGAACAGGAGGCUGGCAAAAUUAUAGUUUAUGUUCUAUCAGAGUACUGUGGAGGAGGUAAUUUAGACAUGUACCUCAGAAGUAAGACCCCUGUCCCCGUGGAGCUACUGAGACUGUACACAGAGCAGAUCCUGCAGGCAAUAGAUCACCUUCAUAGUAAGGCUGUCGUCCACAAAAACAUCAGGGCUUCUAGUGUUUUACUAGAUGACACAGGAAGUGUCAGAUUGACUGACUACAGUAUUCAGAAAAGACUGUCAGAUUUGUACGAGUCUGUGGAGAACCAGCGACCAGGGGUCAGGUUUACAGGUAUUCAGACUCCAGUAAUUGGCAGAGGUGGAAAGAAAGGAGAUAUCUAUCAGCUGGGGUUGUUGUUGUUGUCAUUGGCUGAUGGACAAGAGGUCACAGAGAUCCUCCCCGAGAUUCCAGCUGGCUUCUCUCCUGAGUUCCAGGAUUUCCUCUCUAAAUGUUUGAUUCGAGAUGAGAGACACAGGUGGUCAGCUGGUCAGUUACUGGACCACAACUUUGUGCGACACCCAGUCCCCACUGGUCUGAACACUAACAGCAGUUGUGUGGCCAGUACACAGAUACAAGAUGUAAACAAAUCUUUAGCCCUGGAGGAGGAAGAGACUGCAGAUAUCCCUAUGGUGACUUCGUAUGAGGCCAGCGGUCAGUCCAGACUUACCACAGAGUUUGCCAUCCUCAAAUCUCUGGGUAAAGGAGGAUUUGGGGAUGUUAUCAAGGUUAGAAACAAGCUAGAUGGUAGGUAUUAUGCCAUUAAAAGAAUACCACUGAAUCCAAAGAGUAAACAGUUCAACAAGAAAAUCACACGUGAGGUGAAGCUUUUGUCCAGGUUAAACCAUGAGAACGUGGUAAGGUACUACAAUUCUUGGAUAGAAACCAGUGAUGACCCAGCUUACAGUGAUGAUUCUUCUAUUGCCACUCUGACGUCCAGCUCCCAGAAAGCACAGGGAUCAAGUCCCAUAAAGGACAGCCUUAUCCCUAAGUUGAGGAACAGCCUAAAUUUGACAGACAAUUUUGAAGACCAGUUUCCGGCAAGAGCAGAGGGAUCCUCAGACUGGAGUGUGUCUGGUGACCAGAGCCAAAACAAUGCAAAUGAUGAUGAGGAGGAGGAGGAUGAUGACGAUGACGACGACGAUGAUGAUGAUGAAAAUGAUGUCUUUGAAGGCUGUCUUAAAGUACAGUACUUGUACAUUCAGAUGGAGUACUGUGACAAGAGCACCCUGAGAAACUGUAUAGACGCAGGCCUGUAUGAGGACAUGAAGCGCGUCUGGAGGUUAUUCCGGGAGAUUGUGGAAGGAUUGACUCAUAUACAUGAACAGGGUAUGAUUCAUCGUGACCUGAAGCCUGUGAAUAUUUUCCUGGACUCCAAUGACCAGGUGAAGAUAGGGGACUUUGGUCUCGCCACGACAGAUGUCAUCGUCAAGAAAAGUGGCUUGCUGGACAGUGCCCUCUUGUCACUCAGCACUGGCGAGUUUGGGUCAUCACGGUCAGGGACGUCCUUUGACAGUAACCUGACAGGGAAGGUCGGCACUGCCCUCUAUGUUAGCCCAGAGAUGAUGAAGGGAGGUAACAAGGCCAGCUACAAUCAGAAAGUUGACAUAUACAGUCUGGGUAUCAUCUUCUUUGAGAUGUGCUACAGACCUCUGGGAACAGGGAUGGAAAGAGUGAAAAUCCUCACCACUCUCAGACAAGAAGACGUGAAGUUCCCCGAGGACUUUGAUGAACUUUCCAAUCAGGCUAAGGUUUUGCGGCUUUUGCUGAACCAUGACCCCUCACAGAGGCCCUCCUCCCAGGAACUGUUACAGUCCGAUUACCUCCCUCCUCCGCUCAUGGAGGAGGCGGAACUUAACGAGGUGCUGAGGUCCACGAUAUCCAACCCUCAGAGCAAGACGUACAGGCACAUGAUCAGUGCCAUGCUCUGCCAGCCUGUUAACCCUGCCACAGAUCUCACAUAUGACAUGGAUGACAGAAAGAUGGUGUUUUCUCAGAAAGCGGCCCUCAUCCAGCAGCAGGUGUGUGACAGCCUGACCCAUGUGUUCCAGAGACAUGGUGCGGUCAGAUUGGCCACGCCCUUGCUAAUCCCCCGAUCGAGCUCUGCUGAUCCCACUGACCAGCACGUCUAUCUGAUGGACCAUAGUGGUGGGGUGGUCAGUCUCCAGUAUGAUCUCAGGGUGCCAUUUGCGAGAUAUGUGGCCAGAAAUAACAUACAUUCCAUGAAGCGUUACUUCAUCGACCAUGUGUACAGAGAGAAGAAACCAUCUGGGUUACACCCCAAACAGCUGACAGAGUGUGCAUUUGACAUUGUUAGUACCACGCCAGGCAGUUUUAUUCCUGAUGCUGAGAUCCUAGAAGUGGUUCAGGAAAUUAUCACAGAGUUCCCUCCCCUUCAGAACCGUAACUACUACAUACGUGUGAACCACACUCUGCUGCUCCAGGCUAUUCUCAGUCACUGUGGUAUCACUGAGGACAAGCACGAGGAAACUCUACUCCUGGUCCAGGACAUACUGCUGGACAAGCAGAAGAAGCCAGAAGCACGCAAGAUCCUUUGUGACUUGUCCAUGAGUGAACACCUGGCAGGCUUACUGAUAGAGCUGCUAGAGUUUGAGGGGUCAUUGGCCAAAGUGUCCAGUAAACUGAGAUGUAUCACCAAGACCAAGGGAGAGGCUGGCUCAUUGGCUAAGCAAGGCCUUCAUGAGAUUGACAUGGUGCUAAAUCAUGCUCAUAUGCUGGGGAUGAAAAUGAAGGAUAUUGUCACGUUGGGCCUACAUUUCAACUGCCAGCAGUAUUCUGGAGUUGUGUUCCAAGUGAUGUCAGAUGUCCGCAGAAAGAAACGUGUUGUGGCAGACAUCUUGGCAGCUGGUGGACGUUACAAUAAAAUGAUUUCCCAGUUCCAUACCCCGAUGUUGACUGAUACGUCCACUGUCCAGCAUGGUGUCGGUGUAAGUGUGGCAUUUGACAAGGUUGUCAAUGCCAUGAUUGAGUACCAGGAGCCUCAAAGUGCCAGUGACAUUUUGGUGUGUACUAUUGGACAUAAAGCCAUGCUAAAGGAGAGAUUGAAUGUGGUCAGAGACUUGUGGUCAGCAGGUCUAAGGGCUGAGGUCUUGUAUGAGGCUCUACAGACACUUGAAGACAUUCAGGAGAGGUGUAAGACAUUGUCUAUAUCACACAUUGUGAUUCUUAAAGAUUCAGAAACUGGGCAUGUCAAGGUAAGGUCUGUGGAGAAGGAUAAGGUGACAGAGAAGAAAGUGAACACCACAGACCUGGUGGAUUACCUACACCAGAAGCUGAGAGCCUCAAGAUUAGAAAAUGGAGAAGGCUCUCAGACCAGCAGUGGGAAAAGUUCCUACCCACCAACCAGUCAAAACAGUGGCGACUCAGUCCACAUCCAAUCAGCUUCUGGGACCAGUAGCAGCAGCGUCAACAACUUCUCAUCAUUCAAUUUCACAUACAUCCCUGUUGAGCACAAGACCAAACAAACGCAGAACAUGAAGAAGAAAUAUGAAACUCAGAUUUUUGCCCGACUGACCCCCCACUUUGGUUGGAUGUGGGGUAAGGUGGUGACAGAAGUAAUUGCCCUAGAUCUGGGUGCCCCUGUACUGAGGAGUAUCUCGGGAUAUCUCAAUCUUGAAGGCACAGAGGCAGAGUUCCAGGAGAGUGUCAGCGCUGUUAUGGAAAGACAACCACGUUACAGAAAAUACCUCACCUAUGUAAUUGACCAUAUACAUGACCUAAAAUUUACCAAUGAGAGAAAAACGUGUGUGAUAAUUUUGUACGGCAUCAAAGAUGACAGUUUUAAGCUGUUGGGCUGAUCUGAGUUUUUAUGUACGAUAGCACGACGGGAGAGAAAUUUGUAAAGAUUUCUAGUCAUUUUAGUUUGUAUCAUCUUACGCAAAUAUGUUCUCUACACAGCAAUUUUAUGUGGAUUAUGGACUGUUUCUUUUACUCUGGAAAAUGACUUCUCAUUCAGUCCAGGAUGACAUGGAUAUGUAUUUAAUAUUCAUUCUUCAUGUUUGUUGUGUUGUUUAACUUUCCAUGUCUGUGGUUUGAAAAGUUAUUUUUGGGUUUAACCAUUUCUUAAAUGUUACAGUCUAUAGUUGUCUGCAGCUCAGGUACGUAUGAAUAUCUUAUAUCUUAUUUUAUUUCUUGUGCUUUCAAAAAGGGUUAGUACAUAUAUUAAAAAACAAAUGUAAGAUGACUCUUUAUUUCAGAAUGUGUGGAAGUAGACACUGAAAUGAUAAUAAAUAUGAGAAAUUAUAAUUCCCUUUAUGCAAUACUGAUGACACAUUAUCUCAUGUAAGAUGACAAAUUUUCUCAGAUUGUGUGGAAGUAGACAAUGAAAUGAUAAUAAAUAUGAGAAAUUAGAAUUCACUUCAAUAAUACUGAUGACAUCAUCUCAUGUAUGAUGACAUGUUGUCUCAGAUUGUGUUGAAGUAGACACUGAAAUGAUAGUGAAUAUGAGAAAUUAGAACUUACUUUGCUCAAUUCUGAUGACAUGUUAUCUCAUGUAAAAUGACAUUAUCUCAUGUAUGAUGACAUGUUAUCUCAGAUUAUGUUGAAGUAGAGACACUGAAAUGAUAAUGAAUAUGAGAAAUUAGAACUUACUUUACUCAAUACUGAUGACAUGUUAUCUCAUGUAUGAUGACACAUUAUCUCAGAAUGUGUUGAAGUAGACACUGAAAUAAUAAAUGUGAGAAAUUCACUUUACUCAAUACUGAUAAUAGAGAAUGGCAUAAGAAAUUGUGAUCUUAAUAUAUAUUUUUGUUAGAUGUUCAUCAUAACCCAGCUUUUGGGAAUUUUGACUGGGUCUUUCCACAAAUCUCUUCGCGAUGAAGCUGACAUUUAGAUUUUAUUUUCUUUAAGUGAAAUUAAAUUGUAAAAUAGUGGUGUUUUUCCAAACGGUGACGUCCAUCACAUCAUCUGUUUUAGCUGUUUCUGCUAGAGAUAGCAGCUUUGUAAAGAACUGCAGGAAUAAAAAAAAAGAAUUGUUAAACUAUUUUGAAAAUUGUAAAACUAUUUUUAUUGCAUAGACACAGACAAAAGAGUUAAGCUUAAAGGUAUUUCCUGUGGUGCUUGUAACUUAUUUUGGAACAAAUACAAAGCAAAUGCUUUUUUUGUAUUUAUGUUUAAACACUUGUAUUUGUAUACUGCUUGUUGAGCAAUUACUAUUUUGUUUCUUGCGUUUAUGUAAACACAUGUUGCUGGAUAUUUAAGUGAUCACAUAGUGUAUAUUUUCAUGUAUAAUUAGAAUUGGCAGUGUACAGUGUCAGGGAUCGUAUGAGGAAGAUAUUUGAACUUUUGUUUCAUAAAGUUUUAAUAUCUGUUUUUCGAGUUUUACUUGCACUUCAGACAAGUAACAAUUCUCGUUUAGUUUGUAAAGAACAGCAAUAAUUUGUUUUUUAAGAGCUAUUAAACGUUUUGUUGUAAAUUUGUUUAAGACUUGCCAUUUUCACCUUGUCGGCUUGAGAACCCUCUCAUGAAACAAUAUGCAUAUACAUACCUGGCCACAGACCCCCAUUAAUUUUUCCCUAAGCGACAGUGUUAAUGUUUAGCACUGUAGCUCAGUCCCGAACAUUCCGUGGCCAAUAAGCUUUGGUGCAUAUCUGGCCCAGCCUGUUAGAAAGAAGCCAUCAUCACCACCUGUCUCCAUGUGUCCUCUCGCCCAGAAUUUCAAACUUUCAUCAUUAAAACUCAUACCUGCCCAAGGUUUAGACAAUUUCCAUCAUUUUGAUAUCAAGCAUGCAAGACUUUACACCCUAAAUCACACAAAAUUACAUUUGUCCCGAAAAACGGAAGCUGUAAUGGGGGUCUGUGGCCGCCAUGUUUGUAAAAUGACACAACCAAGGGACACAGACUGUGGUGACAGAAGCUGCUGAGAGUUAUCUUCCCUGAAUGGGUGGUCGGUGAUAGUAUAGAACUGUGAUAACGACGAAAGGGAUGUCCUACAGCUAUUGUAAAUGUCUUUCGUUAUGUUAUUACCAGCUACGCUAUAUUUUUUGCCUGGGACUAUUUUGUUGCUGUUCAAAGUUAACAGUUCUUUAUUAUAGACCUUCUUGAUGUCAGACAUGUAUGAAAGUAUUAUAUAUGUACGCACCAACAUGCCAAAAAAAGUGGGCAGUCGCAUGUGUUCAUUAUAUAUUUUGUGAAU